CUUUGCUCCUGGCUAGGGUGCAGCCUUGCGAUAAGUCAAGCACGGUGAUCCCGUGCCAGCUCCCUUGGUACAGGAUCCUCCUGGCUGGAAGUGAAGGAGAGGAAGCGGUUUGUGGGGAGCAAGGAAGAGCCUUUCAGCAAGUAUUUGGUCCUGGCCAACACAAGCACUUCCAAUCCUUCUCCCCAUUGCAGUGCUUGGAAUUAUGCUCAUUACCAGCUGGCAGGAGCUGGAUGAUGCUGGAGUGAAACGGGGGAGUCCACAACACCCUGAGUCAUAACUCUGGCUCAGUGCUCCAAAUAAAUGCUUUCCUAUUUAACUGCUCUGUGGCUGGAUUAAGGUUGGGCUCAAACCUCUGUUCCCAGUCAUUCGGCUCUAAGAGGUGGGAGUGCAGAUUCCCCUCCCUGCUCAAUGCACGUGGAGGGCUGUUCAUUCCAACCAGGCAUGAAAACACCCGCUUCUUGUCCUCCUGAAGCAUCCUGGCUGGCUGCAAGAAGGCGAAGAGUCAUUAGCCCUUGAGCAUUUUAAUGUGGCAGACCUGAUGUUCAGCCCGGUAAGCAUGAAAUGCUGCAAAUUAGAGAGAGUAAUGAAUUCUAACGCUGCCCUCGGAGCGCUCCCCACGGCCCCUUCCUUUUAAUUAUUUCCCAAUUAAGUUUUGCCUUUAAAUGAUCCUGAACAUUAUCCCCUCUCCUUCUGCUUGCCAUUCCCUGUCCACCUCAAAUCCACCUCCAUCAUGUGAGAGCAGCCCCGCAGCAAGGACGGAUGGCUCUCGAGGGGAUAGUCACUGUAUAGGCCGGCGGGGAAGGAUGUUCUCCUCGGUGAAGCCCUACGAGAACCAGCGCUACACCUCCCUGAAGAAGGAAUGUCAGCGGAGGAAGCAGCUCUUCGAGGACCCGCUUUUCCCUGCCAAUGAUGAUUCACUGUUCUACAAGUCAAGGAUCCAGGGCAUCCAGUGGAAGCGACCCAAAGAAAUCUGCAAUGAUCCACACCUCUUUGUGGACGGGAUCAGCUCCCAUGACUUACACCAAGGGCAGGUUGGGAACUGCUGGUUCGUGGCUGCCUGCUCCUCCCUGGCAUCCCGGGAGUCUCUGUGGCAGAAGGUCAUCCCAGACUGGAAGGAGCAGGAAUGGAAUGCUGAGAAACCCGAGAACUAUGUGGGGAUCUUCCACUUCCAGUUCUGGCGUUUCGGUCAGUGGCUGGAUGUGGUGAUCGAUGACCGCCUGCCCACACUCCACAACCAGCUCAUCUACUGCCACUCCAACUCCAAGAACGAGUUCUGGUGUGCCUUGGUGGAGAAAGCUUAUGCCAAGUUGUCAGGCUGUUAUGAGGCCCUGGAUGGAGGCAACACAGCUGAUGCCCUGGUGGACUUCACUGGUGGGGUGUCUGAACCUAUUGACCUGACCGAAGGGGACUACAUUGCUGAUGAAGCCAAGCGAAACCUCCUCUUUGAGCGCGUGUUGAAGGUGCACAACCGGGGAGGCCUCAUCAGCUGCUCCAUCAAAGCCACCUCAGCAGCAGACAUGGAGGCCCGCCUGGCCUGUGGACUGGUGAAGGGCCACGCGUACGCGGUGACGGACGUGCGGAAGGUGCGCCUGGGCCACGGCCUCCUGUCCUUCUUCAAGUCGGAGAAGCUGGACAUGAUCCGCAUGCGCAACCCGUGGGGCGAGCGGGAGUGGAAUGGCCCUUGGAGUGACACCUCUGAGGAGUGGCAGAAAGUGAGUAAAAGUGAAAGAGAGAAGAUGGGGAUGACGGUGGAAGACGAUGGAGAGUUCUGGAUGACCUUUGAGGAUUUCUGCAAGUACUUCACGGACAUCAUCAAGUGCCGUCUCAUCAACACGUCCUACCUGAGCAUCCACAAGACCUGGGAGGAGGCAGUGCUCCACGGGGCAUGGACCAGAAGCAGUGACCCCUUGAAGAACCGCUGUGGAGGCUGUAUCAACCACAAAGACACCUUUUUGCAGAACCCUCAGUACGUAUUUGAUGUGAAGAAGGCAGAAGAUGAAGUGCUGAUCUCCAUCCAGCAGAAGCCAAAAAGGACCAGUCGCAAAGAGGGCAAAGGAGAGAACUUGGCCAUAGGUUUUGACAUCCAUAAGGUGGAGCUGAACAGGAACUACCGGAUGCACACCCUGCAGCAGAAGGUGGCCAGCUCCAUUUACAUCAACUCCCGCAGCGUCUUCCUGCGGACAGACCUGAAGGAAGGUCGCUAUGUCAUCAUCCCCACCACUUUUGAUCCCGGUCAUGUAGGCGAGUUCCUUCUCAGGAUAUUCACAGAUGUGCCUUCAGACUGCAGAGAGCUGACACUGGAUGAGCCACCACAUACCUGCUGGAGUGGGAUGUGCGGUUACCCGCAAGUGGUAUCCCAGAUCCAUGUCCUUGCUGCAGCCGGGCUCAAGAAUCAGGACUCCCAAGGAGGAGCUGACCCUUACGUGAUCAUAAAGUGUGAAGGGCAGAAAGUUCGCUCUCCCGUGAAGAAGAACACGGUGUCUCCAGAGUUUGACGUGAAAGGGCUCUUCUACCGCAAGAAGCCAGGACAACCCAUCAUUGUUCAGAUCUGGAACCACAACUUAAUAAGUGACGAGUUCUUGGGCCAAGUGGUGCUCACAGGGGACCCCAGUGACCGGCAAUCAGUGCACACACUGCACCUCCAGGACAAGGGGAACAAGAGAUCAAAUGAUCUUCCUGGAACCAUCGCUGUGAAGCUGCUCAGCAGUAACAUCCUCACCAACGUCUGAGUACUCAAGGACUCUUCUUCUGGUGCCACAUAUGUGUAUAUAACAUGCACACAUACAUACAUAUAUAUACACACACAGAGCCUACCUACCAUCUGCAAAGUGCAUAUGAACCAUGCAUGCAUUCCACUCAAAGGAGCCAAUCUUGUGUUUUCAACGUUGACAAAUGGUGCCUUUUUGGGGAACCACAACGA